GCCUUGAGCUCGCUGUCCGCUGACCACAGCGUGGCCAAGAGCCUGAACUGCAGUGUGCGGCUCGUCCGCCUUGAGGAGCUGACUGGGCAUCGGGGAGGCCGCAAGGGACGGCCCGGUGUCUUGUGUGGAAAGGUUAUUCCCAACAAUGCCAAUAUGAUCGUCCACAAGAGGACUCACUCCGGGGAGAAGCCCUACAAGUGUGACCAAUGCAUGAAGUGCUUCCGUCAGAAAGGCCCCCUGAAGCGCCACAUGAGGACUCACUCCGGGGAGAAGUCCUACAGGUGUGACCAAUGCACGAAGUGCUUCAGUCUGAAAGGCACCCUGAAGCGCCACAUGAUGACUCACUCUGGGGAGAAACCCUACAAGUGUGACCAAUGCACGAAGCGCUUCAGUCGGACAAGCCACCUGAAGAUCCACAUGAGGACUCACUCCGGUGAAAAGCCCUACAAGUGUGACCAAUGCACGAAGGGCUUCAUUCUGAAAGGCUCCCUGAAGAGCCACAUGAGGACUCACUCCGGUGAGAAGCCCUACUAGUGUGACCAAUGCACGAAGCGCUUCAGUCAGAAAAGCCACCUGAAUGGCCACAUGCUGACUCACUCUGGCGAGAAGCCCUACAAGUGUGACCAAUGCACGAAGCGCUUCAUUCGCGGCGGCUGGUGA